UGACUGUGCAGCGAGCUGGCAGGGUCCUCUCUGGGGCAGAGGGAGCGGUUUCAGCAGCGGCCGCUGAAGGGGUUAACCCUGGCCUUGGCCGGCUGUCAGGGAAACUUUUUUUUCUGGCUCUGCUCCGGGUUUCCCCUUGAAGGGAUUUCCCUCCGCCUCUGCGACAAGACCCUUUAUAAAGAGCAGCCUUUCUAUUUCACUCCCACUGCGCCCACUGCUGCGGGAGCUGACCGCGCUUCCCAGGCACGUUCGAGGGGCAGAGGCAGGUCUGGGAGCCACCGCUUUCUCCUCCGGCAGCAGCGUAACACGCCUGGAAGAUGGAGGGGAUCUCUGGGGCCUUGACUCUACUUUGGAUGGUGUUUGCUGCGUCUCAAGCCUUUAAGAUCGAGAUCUCCCCUGACUCCCCCGUCAUGGCUCCGAUCGGCGCCUCGGUUUCGCUGACGUGCAGGGCCACAGGCUGCGAGGCCCCAGCUUUCUCCUGGAGAACCCAGAUCGACAGCCCGCUGAACGGGAAGGUGCGGAACGCCGGCUCCACGUCCACGCUCACCAUGGACCCUGUGAGCUUCGAGAACGAGCACUCUUACCUGUGCACCGCCACGUGCGGGGCCAGGAAGGCCGAGAGGGGCAUCGAGGUGCAAGUCUACUCUUUCCCCAAGGACCCGGAGAUUCACCUGCCUGGCCCCCUGCAGGUGGGACAGCCGGUCACAGCCACGUGUCUGGUCCCUGAUGUUUACCCAUUCGACAGGCUGGAGAUUGAUUUGCUGAAGGACAACCGUCUCCUGAAAAACCAAGAAUUUCUGGAGCCGAUGGAGAGCAAGUCCCUGAAAAACAUGAGCUUGGAGGUGACCUUCACUCCGACCAGAGAGGACAUGGGAAAGGCUCUUGUGUGCCGAGCCAUGUUGCACAUCAAUGAAGUCGAUGCAGAGCUCCGGGAAAGGGAGACCACGAAAGAGCUGCAGGUUUAUGUCUCCCCCAAGAACACCACUGUCUCUGUGAGCCCCUCCACCAGGCUGCAGGAGGGCGGCUCCGUGACAAUGACCUGCGCCAGCGAAGGCCUGCCAGCUCCGCAGAUUCUCUGGAGCAGGAAGUUAGAUAACGGGAACCUACAGCCCCUUUCUGGAAAUGCAACUCUCACUUUAAUUGCCAUGAGGAUGGAGGAUUCUGGAAUUUACGUGUGCGCCGGAGUGAACCUGGCUGGAGAAGACAGAAAAGAGGUGGAGUUACUUGUUCAAGAAAAACCGUUCACGGUUGAGAUCGGCCCUGGACCCCAGGUUGCUGCUCAGCUGGGUGGCGCGGUCGUGCUGACAUGCGGUGCCACGGGCUGCGAGGCCCCGUCCUUCUCCUGGAGAACCCAGAUAGACAGCCCUCUGAGCGGGCAGGUGCGGAGCGAGGGGCCCAGGUCCACGCUGACGCUGAGCCCUGUGGGUUUUGAGAACGAACAUUCGUACCUGUGCACAGUGACCUGCGGGCGCAAGAAACUGGAGAAGGGAAUCAAGGUGGACCUCUACUCGUUCCCCAGAGACCCCGAGAUUGAGACGAGCGGCGUGUUAGUGAGCGGCAGCCCGGUCACCGUGAGCUGCAAGGUGCCGGAGGUGUACCCACUGGAGCGGCUGGAGAUCCAGCUCCUGAAGGGGGGCCGGGUGGUGAAGAAUAAAAACUUCCUGAUGGGUGCGGACAAGAAAUCCCUAGAGACUGGGAGUCUGGACGUGACCUUCGUCCCCACCACCAAAGACACCGGCGAAGCGCUUGUCUGUCUGGCUCAGUUACACAUGGACGAGCUGGACUUGGAGCCCACACAGCGGCAGAGCUCACACACGCUCUACGUUAACAUUGCCCCCAGGAACACAAGCAUCCAGGUCAGCCCCUCCUCCAUCCUGGAGGAAGGCAGUUCUGUGACGAUGACCUGCUCCAGCGAUGGCCUCCCAGCGCCCAGGUUCCGGUGGAGCAGGCAGCUUAAGAAUGGGCAGCUGCAGUUUCUUUCUGAGAAUACAACGCUCACCUUAACUUCUACAAGAAGGGAAGAUGCUGGUAUUUAUGUAUGUGAAGGGAGCAGCCUGGCUGGGAUAAGCAGAGAUGAAGUUGAAUUAAUUAUCCAAGUCGCGCCAAAAGACAUGCAACUUACAGCUUCUCCUUCUGAGAGCGUCAAGGAAGGAGACACUGUCAUUAUCUCCUGCACAUGCGGAAAUGUUCCCCAAACCUGGAUAAUCCUGAAGAAGAAAGCCGAGUCAGGGGACACCGUGCUCAAGUCCAUAGAAGGCGCAUAUACCAUCCACAAGGCCCAGUUAGAGGACGCGGGAGUGUACGAAUGUGAAUCUAAAAAUGAGCUUGGCUUGCAGUCCAGAAGUAUCACCCUUGAUGUGAAAGGAAGAGAAGGUAACAAGGACUACUUCUCCCCCGGGCUCCUCGUGCUGUACUGUGCGUCCUCCUUAAUCAUCCCCGCCAUCGGGAUGAUCGUUUACUUUGCGCGAAAGGCCAACAUGAAGGGGUCCUACAGUCUCGUAGAAGCACAGAAAUCGAAAGUGUAGCUGGCAUUGGAAAUGCUCGGCCACAGACACUAUUUAUCAGCCUGGAGCCUUCAUUCCACUCCACGGGGAAAGCAACAGGCUGAGUCCUGACUUCCGGACACGGUGGACUCUCAGAGGGUGACGGCUGCCCAAGCUUCUGGCUGUGACCUGAAACCCAGGGCAAACUUCCUGCCGGAAACACAGGCAGAGGCACGGAGGUGUGCGGCCUGGAGCAGGCCCUUGAUGUGUAUAUACAGUGCCAGGAACUGUACAUAUGUCACAUAAAAUCAUGCCUUAGCAAGACUGCUUGGAAUAGCAACACCUGCAAGGGAGACCUCUAAAAUAAUUCAACAGUGUUGCCUGGACUGGUUGGUCUAACUUAAUGCAUCUUAGGAAAAUUUAACAUUAACAUGGACUGGCAGCUGACCUAUGUCAUCUUUUUAUACUUUUUUCCCUUCCUAUAACGAAGUUGGAUUCCUAUCAAGUUCACGGACAACAACGUCAUGUUUGUUAAAACGCCAGGGUUUUAUGUUUUACAGGCAAAUGGUGAACCAAGAGGGCGCAGGGUUGACUUUCAGGUACUAAAACUUCGACCUCUGGUGUAAUGGUUGACUGGGUUUCUCUGGACGGUACUGACAUGGUACGGUGAUGUUUGAUGUUGUUUGUUCAUCCUCCUCUUGUGCAACGUCCCCAAGGUGACCUAACAAUGCAACUUCUUUUGAUCUUCUUUUGUAAAUGUUUAGUCUUUUUGUAUAGUAAAGUGAUCAUUUCUGGACUUGUAA